AUUCCUCAAACUAGGACUGAGAAACUAGAGAGAGAAAGUAAAGUCUAGAGAGAGAGAUUUCAAAUUUUUUUGCUGACACAACAGAAAAUGGCCGGAAUUUUUAGCAUCGGAAUGUUGCCGGAGGACUGCGUUUCGGAGAUUCUGUCGCUGACAACUCCGUCGGACGCCGGAAGAUUGUCUGUCGUAUCGGCGGCGUUCCGGUCGGCGGCGGAAUCCGACGUCGUUUGGGGGAGAUUCUUGCCCGAUAACUACGCCCACAUUCUCGCCGCYGCUGACAUCUCCGGCGAGUCCCCAUUUUGUUCGAAGAGAGAAAUUUUCUUCUUAUUCUGCUCUCCGCUCCUCCUCGACGGCGGUAAAAAGAGCUUCCAAUUGGAAAAAUUUUCCGGGAAAAUUUCUUACAUUUUGUCUGCAAGAGAACUCUCCAUAACAGGGAGCUCUGACCCUSUCUGCUGGAGCUGGAACAAUCAUUCUCAAUCCAGAUUUGCAGAAGUGGCAGAGCUAAGAACAGUGAGCAGGCUGGAAAUUAAUGGAAAAAUCGGAACCAAAACGCUGUCGUCGAACACGUUAUACGGAGCUUAUCUUCUGGUGAAGAUCUCAGAUUGGGCCUAUGGACUGGACUUGGUUCCGGCCCAAGUUUGUGUACAAGUAGGGGAUGGGGCCCAGGCCCAGGUUUCUGAGGGCAGCGUUUGGCUGCAGAGAAAAGACAAGAAAAAGGAGGAUAUGGAGUGUUUGUUUUAUGGGAAUCGGAGGGAAAGGGUGAGAAAAUUGGUGGAAAAUGGAGAGAAAAUGGAGGAAAAUGGAUCAAUYAGGGUUUUGAAAGAGAGGGAAGAUGGGUGGCUGGAGAUUGAAUUGGGGGAAUUUUUCAGCGGAGAAAAUGGAACUGAUGAAGAAGUGAAGAUGAGUUUAAUGGAGAUCAAAGGAUUUCAACUCAAAGCUGGACUUGUUCUUCAAGGUAUUCAAAUUAGGCCUAAACAUUAGAAAGAAAGAAAAAAAAAGGUUGAGAUUAUGUAAUUAGAUUGAUUCUUUCAUUUGUUUUUCUUUUAAAGAAUAUUAAAAUUUUGGAAUUGAACAUGUUCUUUCAUUUA